AUAUAGGUAUUAGGUUGAAAGGGUUAAAACGGAGAAUCACAGUCUUCAUUUAAUUUUUCAUUCUCUAAGAGCUCCGGUGGCCAUUUAAAGAGUCGAAGCGGCAGCCGGCGACGGAGCUAGAGGACUGAACCUUCGACUGUCCCGACUGCGGCGGCCUUAAGUGUUUUCUCUAUAGCUAGCGCUAUGGGUAAGAGAACGUUGGAAGAAGGAGGACGAGGACAAUGCUGCUCCAACGUGUUUGUAUCAUUCUCAAAGAGGCGCAAAGGGCUUUUCCAGAAGGCGAGCGAGUUGUGCACCAAGUGUGGAGCUCAAAUCGCCAUUGUCGUUUUGUCUCCGACUGGUAAUCCUUUCUCUUUCGGACACCCUUCGGUGAAUGAGGUUCUUGGCCAUUAUCUUAGUCAAACAACAAUCAACACCAGUUUCGUCACCGACGAACACAGACACCAGACGCAGAGAAUCGAAGGCCUCAAGUUGAGCCUGAAACAGGUGCAGGAAAGGGAGAGUCUUGAUGAGGAGAGUAAGAUUGUUUUAGGGCUCAAGGAGUGCAUUGAGAAAGAGUUUGAGGAUUGUAAAGAGACUACUUCGGUGGAAGAUUUGGAGGGUUUGAAGCAAAAGUUUGUGGUGCUUGUUGACAAAAUCACUGAGAGACUAUUGAGGUCUGGAAGUUCUUCAUGCUCUUUUGAUGAUGAUGAUCAUCAUCAUUUAUUUGGUAUAUCUUUAUCUGAUUUAGGGUCUUGAUGAGUUGAGUUUAAUUUUACUACUUGUUAGCCGUUAGGAAUAUAUAUAUAUAGGUAUAUAGCAUAUUCAUUGUCUUGUAAUGUGAAGAGGAAUGUUAUUAUUAUUAGAGCAAUAACAUAAUUUUUGUUUAAAUUUGCAAUUUUUUUUAUUCAUGUCUUUAUUAAAGGA